AGAGUAGAUCGAGAGAUGGCUCUAAGCGGGAAAGUGGAGACUCAAAUAGAGAUUCAAGCACCCGCAGCUAAGUUCUACCACAUCUUUAGAAAGCAAAUUCAUCAUAUUCCUAAUAUCUCUACUGAACAUGUACAUGGAGCCAAAGUGCAUCAGGGUGACUGGGAAAAUGUUGGUUCUGUCAAACACUGGGACUACACCAUAGAAGGAAAGAAAACAAGUGCCAAGGAGAAAAUUGAAGCCAUAGAUGACCAUAACAAGACAAUAACAUACAGCCUCUUUGAUGGGGAAGUGAGUGAGAGUUAUAAGAGUUUCAAGGUCACUUUACAAACAAUUGAUAAGGAAAUUGGUGGGCUUGUGAAAUGGACCAUCGCAUAUGAAAAGCUGAGGGAGAACAUUACAGCUUCAUCUCCUGAUUCCUACUUGGACUUUGCUAUUAAGGUCACAAAAGAUAUUGAUGCUCAUCUUGUCAAGGCGUAG